CACAAUGCCUUGCGGUGUCCCAGUUCCAAUGCGAUGUAUUUACCAGCAGGAGUAAUGAAACAGGGGAGAGGGGCAUUUUCCGCAGCUCAUUGGUGAGACCUCAAAAGACUAGCGCACAGAGAGAGGACGCACACAAACUUUCGGACAGAGGAUCUAAACGUCAAUUAUCUGUUUCCGGACGCGUCUGUAGCCUCAUAUUGCCGUUUUCCUGUCCAGCGGCCAAACGUUACUUUGUCGCAGUUCGUUGGAAGUGAUUUACUGGGCAUUGGUGAAGAAGGACACAUAAUUUUUCUUUUGCGGAAUUUACGUCUUUACCUGUGUUUUCACCCUAAACUUCACUCCGGGGAGGAAACAACUGACUUGAAUCUUAUUCGCUGCGUAAAAGCCUUUCAUGCCAUUUAAGGGCAGUCUGAGUGAAGGACAAAAGCACUUUCCAACCAGCUGUGAAUACGCCAAGAAUAGAGUGAUCAAGAGCCAGGACACAGACAAAGUGAAGUAGCCAGAGGGGUUUCAGCUGCCCUGCACUACUGGAGCCUUCAAUAAUGUCGGGGCCAACACACCACGACCGGCCCCCUCGCUUUUGACCCAACAUGGAGCUCAAGGUUUGGGUGGAUGGAGUCCAGCGGGUCGUCUGUGGGGUCACUGAGGCAACCACCUGCCAGGAAGUGGUGAUUGCCCUGGCACAGGCCAUAGGUCGCACUGGGAGGUACACUCUAGUAGAAAAAUGGCGAGACACCGAGCGUCACUUGGCCCCACACGAGAGCCCUGUAGCUUCUCUGAACACCUGGGGUCAGUAUGCUGGUGAUGUCCAGUUGAUCCUCCAUCGCACUGGCCCCUCCUUGACUGAACGACCCCCCUCAGAAGGACCCCCUCUCAGGGGGCCUGAACGUGGACUGCAUCGGCAGAGCCUCCCUCCCCUUGCAAAGCUUCGUCAUCCCAACGAUCGAUCCCUCCGCCGCCGCGAACCGCGCCGCAAAUCUCUCACGUUCACUGGUGCACCCAGAGGCCUUAGGGAGAUACUGAGCGGAGGACAAAUUGGCGAGGCUGAGGCUAAGAGAAGACUCCUCGUGGGAAGUGGUAUAAAUCACCACCAUGCAGGACCAGCCAUUGGGAAUGCAUCACCUGGCCUUUGGGCCUGUCGCAUGGAAGAUCUGGUCAGACUUGUCGGUCUACAGAGAGAGACUCUCAGUGUACUGGAGAAAAAGCUGGAGGCCUAUGAGGCUGAGCUCCAGGCCUGGGCUGAAGGACGAGGGGGACGAGGUGGAGGGUGCAUUGGGGACCCCGGUGGAGCAGGAGUGCUGAUAGAGGAGAUCCUAAGGCUGGAGAAGCAUCUGAGAAAGAACGAGGUGGAGAUGGAGGAGGAAGAGUUUUGGGCCACUGAGCUGCAGAUUGAGCUAGAGAGUGAGAGACAGCUGGAGGAAAGACUGCAGGAGCUUCGUGGACGCCUGCAGGGCUGUGAACUGGACAUUGAAGAAAAAUUGGCAAUGGUACAGAGUGUAGAGGCUGGCCUGGAAGAGGAGAGGCUGCAGAGGGAGCGACAGGAGACCCAGUGGGUCAGUGAGGCGGAGGCCCGGGCUCAGGUUCUUAGGGUCAAAGCAGAACUGAAAGCCCAGGAGAGACAGGCGGUCCAGCUGGAGAGCAGCUGCAGGGCUGUGGACAGGUCACUUGGACAAAGCGGCAAGAAACUGCAGGACAUGCAGCACGAACUGGAGCAGCUGACCAAGGAGCUGAGGCAGGUUAACCUGCAGCAGUUCAUCAGGCAGACCGGCACCAAGGUCACAGUGUUGCCGGCUGAACCCGCUGAGGAUGAAAAUACUCACAACAGUCACGGUAUAGAGUUAGUUCCCCUGACUGGCUCCCUAAAGCGUCCAGUGUCAUCGCAUCCAAUAUCCAGUCACCUCCGGGUCCUCCACAGCCCUCUCAGUUCUGGCCUGAACCCAGAGGGGAUCUAUGUGUGAGACAGUACUGGUUGGGGUGAGGAAACGCAUCAUGUCUCCCUCCAGGAGCUCAUUUCACCUGAGAACACAUUUGUAAGUGGAUAUCUUUGUACAGGAUACCUCAGUAGCACACUACUAUGCACUGUUGUCUCAGUUACAUGAAGGCAGCCUUGAGUGUGAAGAAUCAAAUAGUGAAAGAAUGAUGUUAAUCUUUCAAUGGAAGUCACAGAGCACUUGGCAGGAUGAAACAAUAGAAGCUAUGAAGACAAAACACACGGCAGCAGCUCUUUUGUGUCACAGCACACAGUCUCUGAACAUAUUAGACUUUUUAAACAUCAGGCCGUCAUGGACUUCCUUUAUAAACAUAUCCACUUAAUGUACUUUUACUCUCACUUUAGUACCUGCUGAAUGAUUUGUAUUGUUUUUCUCACUAGCAUCAUGAUUCAAACCUAUUGCCUUUUGAACAGUAUUCUUGAGAAUCUUGGUAUGUGAACUAUAUCUCUAAAAAUCAUGUGUAAUUUCUGCAGUGAAUACAUUUUACCCAGCAUAAUGACUGGUUCUUAUAUAAGUAAUGAAGGAUCCACUUGUGUCAAUAGUAAAACUGUCCAGAAUCUAUCAUUUUGCAUAUCAGAAUUUAUUCCUGAAGCUCUGUCUGUUCAUGUUAAAACUAUGCACAAAUGGUUAAUAGUUUUGUUACUGAAGAAUGUUACUGUCUGUAUGUACUAAACCGAUGGCUUACUGUAAAUAUGUUUUCUUACUUUUCAGCUUUAUUUAGUGAAGUAUUCUAUUUUAUUACAAAGCUGUGCACACACAGUGACAAAAAUGGAGUGCCCUCAUUCCUGCAGUAAUAUCUGCACAGUGUUAAUUAUCCUCUUAAGCUGUUUCUUUGUUUGUUUUUUGUUUUUUUUGUCUUUUGUUGUUAUGAUGACUACACAAUAUAUUUUUGCCAAAUGUGUUAUGCUUGUUUUUCUGUAAGGAUCAGUGGCCAAAGAUUAGCAGGUCUCUUGUUGCAUGAUUGUAUUGUUAAUAUAGCCAUAUCUGGAUGUGCACAGCACCCACAGUACAGUAAAUCAAUUAGUCGAGUCUAAAAAUGGUGGCAUGUAAUAAUACAAUGGAUAGCUACAGCUACAGUGUGUGUGAGAGAGAGUCAGUUGGUGAUUAAAGGGACGUGUGUGUGUAUGCAGUCAGUAUAGCCAAGGUAUGAAGCCCCUCUUAGGUUGUAGUUCAGCUGCUAAUCACAUCAAAGUGCCUUAUAGUCAUUCCACAGUUGGCGUAUUCAAAUAAUGUACAGUGACACUUUAGUAGAGACAUAGGAGCGAUGAUCAUAGCCAGUAUAGAUCAAAUGUUGCUAGAUAUAAUAGUGCCACAUUGCUGCAAAGAGAGAAACUGCAAUGGCAUAGCAACAAAGAGGAAACUAUAACCAAGUUUUAUCUGUUAGUAUUUUGUAGAAAUGUCAAUGGAAAAAACAUUGUUGAUAGUGCUUUCCACUUUGCUACUGUAUUAUUGUCACCAUAAUACUGUGUGCUGUAAAAUGCCUUCACGUGUUAUCUGAUUUAUUUCAUUAAGCAACACAUACUGUAUGCCGUAUUCACCAGUUUAGAUCAGUACUGUCACCCAGGAAGAAAUAGUGGAUGUAAUACAGAAGGGGAGUCCACCCUGUAAUAUUUAGUAUCUACAAAAUACAUCGUCACUACAGCGUGUCUCUCUGGCUUUCAGUUAUAGAGGAGACCAGUUUUACAAUUCCUAAAAGUUUAAACUAAUCUCUGAUAGUCUAUAUAUUGGGGUGGACUUUCCCUUUAAGAAACCACGCGUGUGCAUUUUUGCUACCCUGGGAUGAGACGUAGCUGUUGUCACUGUUUACAAUUGUAUCAUGUUCUAGAGAACUGUAAGAUGUCGACUGUACAUAACCUGUUUUCAUUUUUGUUUCCUGCCUUAAUAUACUGCAAAGUGUUGACGGAUGUAUGGCUGUAACUGGCUGCUGAUGUGACAUGGAUUGCAUGAUUCAAUAAACCAUAUGACAAAUGCGUCACAACAAGU